UCCAUCCAGCCUAGUUCAUUUCAGUCAUCCGCUCAGUGCACAGACGGGACAAGGAGAGCAAUUUUUCAGAGCCGCUUUAUUUGUCAAAACCCCUCUCCAAAUAAAAGCCUAAAGUUAAAAAAAAAAGAGAAAAAUGGUAAAGUACAUGAGACAGCACAGCGAGCUGAAACCCGAAGAGGUCCUGUCGGAGUCUGAUGCGUCCAUGGACCAGCAGGAUUUCGGAGAGAUGUCCGACUAUUCUUUCAGCGACGUUUUAUACUCCAAAUGUUCCGCAAUGGACCAAAUCGGCACUUUUAUGAAGAACGUGCAAGUGCUGCUCGAUGCGGCCGAUUACAUUGAAAAUGUUGAGAAGAACAAUGGAAAGUGUGAGCACGGGUAUGCUUCAACAUAUCCUUCAACCCAGAUUGCACAUCAACAGAAACAGCGUAAAUUCAAGAACAGGAAAUUGGACAAUAAUCACAAUAGGUCAGCACACAAUGAACUGGAAAAGAAUAGACGAGCACAUCUCCGGCUGUGUUUGGAGAGGUUGAAGUCCCUCAUCCCUCUGGGACCAGACUGCAGUCGGCACACCACACUGGGACUGCUCAACAAGGCCAAAGCACAUAUCAAGAAACUUGAAGAGAUGGAUCGGAGGAGUCAGCACCAGCUGGAGACCCUAGAGAGGGAGCAGAGGCACCUGCAGAGGCAGCUGGCUCAGCUGCAGACUCAUGGAGAGAGGGAGAGGGUUCGUACCGACAGCCUCAGCUCCCGCAUGGACUCUGAUCGCUCAGAGUCUGACAGAGAGGAAAUUGAAGUUGAUGUGGAAAGCACUGAGUUCUCCCAUGGAGAAAUGGACAGUGUAAGCACCAGUGGUGCAAGCGACCUAGAUGACCACAGCAGCCAGCAGAGCUCAGCCAGUGAUGAGGGCUACUCCACUUGCAGUCUAAAACUGGCCUUCUCUGCUUAAAGCACCAGCCUAUACUUUCACUGAAGCUGCAGUCUUUUUAUGGCUUUCACCUUUCAAAGUACCAGCCUACAGCUCCAUUCUCCCUUACAGUUUAGGUUAACUGUCCUCAGAAGAACCAGCCUCAGUCCCACCUUUACCAGACAAAUCAAACAUCUUCUCCACCCAAGAACCAGCCUUAAGUUCAACUCGGUCUCAAAGUUUAAAAGUAGUCUAUCCAAAAGCCAAGGGGCUCCUCUACGUCACCCCAACGCAUUUUACUCAGCAGUUUCAAAUCUCUGGCAAUAUAGUGUCCUACAUUUUCAACUUAACCAGUCACCUGAAUGUCCCUUGACCCACUACCAGCUUGAAUCAACCAUACAUGCACUCAAUACUGAUCCUGUAGAGGACCCAUGAUCGCAUCAGUGUCAAACACUGAAGGGGAAACUCUACCUGUCAACUUGAUCCUCUGAAACCAGCAAAAAACAAACAAAAAAAUCCCUCAAUACCAGCUAGAAGCUCACCAUUGGGAACGUUUGCUCCAUUUGCCUUGUAAAAACUUUGCCCUUUUCUUUUGGAUAAUAUAUCCAGACAGCACUUAUUGUCAAUGUAUAAGCCAGUGGCAAGGGCUACAAUGUCUGCAUUCCAAAAUGUCUAUCACACUUAUAUAACCUCUGCUUUAGGACCCACAACCGUCAUCGAUCCACAUGGUGUCCCUCUUCUUGAGUGAAAUACAGUCGUAUCCAAACAGGUGGUGUAGUCCACCCUUGUUAUUCUAAUUUAUUUUGCAUAUGAUUAUAGUAUUUAUUUUUGGUAUAUUUAAUUGUACUGUAGCUAGGUUUUGGUCAUGCUUGAACGGGGAAAAAAAAACUCUGCUGUUAUUUUUUUCAGUGUCUUUAAAUAUGUUUACCAAACUUUAUAUAAAAUCCCCACUGAAGCACACGCCGUGCUACAAGGUUAACCCAUUAUACUCAGUAGUGUUUUGUUGAAAAGAAUGCUUUCACACUGUGCGCAAAUUCAAUUUAUUUAGACAGUAAUAAGCUAUCCCACACUUGUCCAAGCACAAAGCUCAAGCAAUAACGCGUCUAGUUUUUCGUAUCUUGUACGUUGGCUGGGUUUAGCACAAUGUUAUGUCUGUCCAACUCCAAGUUACAGUUUUCCACUUGCUCCGGUGGUAGUACCAGCUACUAAUAAUCAGCAGUAAAAUGAUUGUCAUUGACUUUAAAAUGCUAUGGUGCAUGUGUAUUGAAUGUAGCCUUUCUAAUCAUGUAAUGUGCUUUUGAUUGACAAGUCUUAUAAACAUGUCUGUAGCAUGAACCACAUAAACACCACAGAUUUUUGUUUCUACUUAAGUGUUUAAUACUGUAUAUUUUUUGUAUUGUAGCAGAAAAAGUACAAGUUCAAAUCCUUGAAAUUUGGAGAUUUCUCACUGCUAGUUCAAUGUGUAUUUAGUACAAAGAACUGCACUGCUGACCUGUUUGAAUUCAUGAAACCAAAUAAGAUAUUUCAAUAUGACCAUUUAUCUGCGUUUUUCUGGUCCAAGUUCUAAGUAGAUCACCACCAAAUUGUGUCUUAACAUGGGUAUAUGACUCUUGCACAAAGUUCCUUGUUACAGGUCUUUUAUCCCCUCCCCCCCAACGUGUUUGGGAACCUAUAAAAUGCACUAUGAAAAAGACUUUUGUUAAGGAAGUACAUUGAAGCACACCCCAGAAUGUUUUUCUUGUGCUUAAUCAGCCAUCCAAGGUGACUUUUUUGCAAAACAUGUGCUGCUGGUCCCCUGCAAAUACUUUGUUACAGUUCCUGAUAACUGUCCCUGGAAUCUUAAUAAACCUCUACACAGACAUAAACCAA